AUGGUAGGUGUUACUCAGACAGAAAAUGCUGAAAGUCAUUCUUCUUCGAAGGAAGAUGGCAAGAAGGACGAUGACACAGCAAGAUUCGAUUGUAACAUAUGUUUGGAUGUAGCACGAGAUGCUGUAGUGUCGAUGUGUGGUCAUUUGUUCUGUUGGCCAUGUCUUCAUCAGUGGCUUGAUACAUGCCCUAAUAGGCAGCUUUGUCCCGUUUGUAAAUCUGCCAUUAGCAAAGAUAAGGUGAUACCGCUGUAUGGAAGAGGUGGUAAUGAUACAGACCCACGAGAUAAAGUUCCACCACGUCCAAGAGGUCAACGUACCGAAAUGCCCCAGAGCUCUUUUCAAGGAUUCCCAGGCUUCCAGUGGGGCGGUGAGAAUGGUGGUGGUGUGCAGUUCUCAAUGGGUAUCGGAGUGUUCCCUAUCUCAUUUUUCGCAUCAUUUUUCAAUAUUGGUUUUGGAGAACGACGUCCAGAUGCGCCGGCACCAGGCACAAGACAAGCGGAAGAGGAGCAGUUUCUAUCAAAUCUUUUUAUAUAUCUUGGUAUAUUUUUUGUUGUUUGGCUCCUAGUUCUAUAA